UUGUUUUGGAAACGACCGAAAUAAUAUAUAAAGCACUUAUGCCUAUAUAUUUGAGUGAACUAAAUGAUACAGAAUACCAUCAGAUUUGCACUGAGUUUUGGAUCAUGUGGAACAUGAUAAACUGUUGUGGUGCCAUCGAUGGCAAACAUAUUGCCAUUCAAUGCCCACCAAACUCCAGCAGUAAUUUUUUCAAUUAUAAGAAACAUUGUGUUGAUGGCUGUUUCAGAUUGAUGUACAAAAUUACGUAUGCAGACGUUGGAGCAUACGGAAACCAGAGCGAUGGAGGCCAGGCAUUAUACAAGCCAGCAGCUCUGGCAAAAGGCUUUUCCAAAACCUUCUUCCGAUCCUGCCUCCUAAAAAUCUACCCAACACCCAAACAACUAUACCCCGCUAUUUUGUAGGCGACGCAGCUUUCCCCUUGGGACCCUAUUUGAUGCGGCCGUAUUCCGGAACCCUUUUUCCUUGGAAGAAGGAAAAUUUUAAUAAAAGGUUGU